AUGGAUAUUGAGAAUAAUUCAAAAAAUGAAGACCCAACUUAUCGUUCGAAAGAAAAAAUAUUUGGCCCAAAGGUGUGUCAACAAAAAAAAAAGAAAAAGGUUAAAGUUUUAAAAUGUCACUUGUCUGAAGAUGCUCAAAAUGUUAAAAGAAAAAAUCUUGAUGAAAAAAAUAUAGACGAAGAAUGUAUACAUCAAACCAUAGGAGUAAAUACAAAAAACAUGGAAAUAAAUCAUAAGGAAAAAAAAAAUAUAUAUAUAUGUAAUAAAAAAAAGAUAUGUAAUAUUAAAUCAAAUGAUAUAAAAUUAAUGAUAACAAAAUGUAAUAAUAUAGAAGAUAGUAUAAUACAAACCUGUAAUAAUAUAGGAACUAGCGAAUUGGCAAAUGACACAAAAAAGGAAAAAAUUGGAAAAAUUGAAAAAUAUAAAAAAAAUCAAAAAAAUGAAAAAUAUGAAAAAAAUGAAAAAUAUGAAAAAAAUGAAAAAAAUGAAAAAAUGAUCCAAAUUCAUAAUAGAAACAAAAUGUGUGAAAAAGAUCAUAUCGAAAUAAAUACAAAUCAAGAUGAGGAUAUUUUAAAAAAUAACAAAGAAAAAGUAACUGAUAAUAAAAAAUAUAUGAAGAAUAUUUCUUUAUCACAUAAAAAUGUUAUAAAAGGUGAAAGAAUGAAAACAUAUAAACAAAGUAAUAAUCAUGUUAUUAACAUUAAAGAAAUAUAUGAUAAUAAUAUAUCUUCUUUGAGUACUUUUUCUGUUUUAAAGGAAGAAAAUGAAAAAAGUUUUAAAAAUGACAAAGAAAAAAUGAAUACACAAAAUAAUACAAAAAGUAUGAACAAAAAUAUAUAUUAUUUAAAUAAUAAGUGCAUAAAAAAAAAAAAAAUAAUAAAUAAUAAUAAUAGUAAUGUAAAUAAAGAAAAUAAUAAAUAUGAUGAAAAAAAUAAAAACAAUUUAUACAAUUUAUGGAAUGAAAAAUAUUUAAAAAAAUUAAAGGAACUAGAAAAGAAAAUAAGAAGAGAAAAUAAAAUUAAGAGCAAUAUAAUUAAUAAGAAAAAAAGUAAAAACACACAAAAUAAUAUCAUUCAUUUCAAAGGUGAACAAAGAGAUAAUUUGAAAAAAAUUAAAAAUAUAAGUUCUCUUGUUUUUUCUGAAGCAAAAAAGGAAAAUUUUGAGAAGAAAAAUAUGAGUGACCUUGUUAAUAAUAAUUAUACUGAUUAUAAUUAUUAUGAAGAUGAACAACCUAGUCCAUUAAAAGAUAAUAAUCAAAAUGAUAGUAGUAGUAUGAUCUUAAGGGCAAAAUCAAAGGAACCCAAUAAUUACAAUGAUCACAAUGAUCAUAAUAAUAAUAAUAAUAAUAGUAUGGAUGUCCCUGUUAAUAAUAAAAGUAAAUUCAAAAAAUUUGUUUAUAUUUUUUGCAAUGGUUGUUUAGUUGUAUUUUUAGGGGUUAGUAAUAAUAUUUGUGGUAGAAUGAGGAAUCGAGUUUUAAAAAAUUUUGAUAGUUUAACUGCUUCAUAUAAUGCUUUAGCUUAUGUUACUAUUUAUUUAACCUUGUGUAUAUUAUAUACAAAUUCGAGACAUAUAAGGAAGGAACAUUGGUUAUAUAUAUAUCCAUGUUUAAAAAAUUUAUUAUUUAAAAAAAAUAACAAUAAUAAUAAUAAUGACAAUAAUGACAAUAAUGACAAUAAUGAUAAUAAUGAUAAUAAUACCGAUAGUGAUAAAGAAUUGGAGAGUAAUAAUUCUUAUGAAGAUUAUUUUGUAAGACAUGAUUCUUAUAAAAACGAUAAUCGAAAUGUAGAUCAAAAUUAUUCUAUCGAUAUAAAACAGAAAGAAGAGGAUAGUAUGAAAGAAAAAAACAAAAAAAAAAAAGCAAUUUCUAAUUUUUUUCAUUUUAACAAGAAAAAGAUAUAUGAACCUUUAUUAGGAAGAAAUGAAGAAAAAAAAAAAAAAAAAAAAAAAAAUGAUAUUUAUGAUAAGAGCGGAAAUUUUAAUAAUUAUAGAGAUGAACAUUCUAAAAGUCAUAAUGAGAAUUAUUCCUAUUAUCAAUCUACACAUAAUUCAUCCAUGAAAAAUACAUUACAUGAAGAUGUAGAUAAUCAUAAUGAAUGUAUUAAUAGUAAUGUCUAUCAAGAGAAUCAUUUGAUGAUAUGUAAUUCUUACCAUGUAGAUGAUGACAAUAUAUGUAAUAAGGAAAUUAGAAAGAGUAGUAUGGAUAAUAUAAAAGAUGAUAUUACUAGGAAAUAUAACAUGUGUGGAAAAAGUUAUCAUAAUAUAAAUAAUAAUAUAACAUAUGAUGAUAAUCAUAAUAAUAAUAAUUAUAAUAGUAUAUAUAAAUAUUAUUACAAUAUAAUAAAAAAUAAAUGGAAUAGUUUAGGUGCAUAUAAAUAUGUUAUUAUGAUAGCUUUACUUGAUAUUGUUGCAAAUACUUUAUAUUUUGUAUCUCAGUUAGCUAUUCCUUUGACUGUUUUAUUAUUAUUAAAUCAAUUAAUUUUUAUAUUUUCUCUUAUAUUAUCUUUUUUUAUAUUAAAAAGAAAAUAUAAUAUGCAUCAUAUAUUAUCAGUAAUUAUUGUUUUAAUUGGAUUUUUAUUUUUUUACAUUCCUUUUGUUUAUAAAGAUAAUAUAAAAAUAAAAAAAGAAAGUUGUGUAAAUUAUUAUUUAAAUUCUCAUUAUGCCAUGAACAUAAAUAAUAUAUAUGAGGACGAUACUUAUAGUGCAUAUGAUCGAGGUAAGGUUUACAAUAAUAUAAAGACUGUAGGAAAUAUGAAUAAUAGUAAUAAAAUGAUGGAUGAUAGUAGUAUGAAUAUUGACGAUAGUAGUAACAACAAGAAUACAACCACAAAUAAUAAUAAUAAUAAUAAUAAUAAUAAUAAUAAUAGUAAUAGUAAUAGUAAUUCUUAUGAUGAUAAUAAUAAUAAUAAUAAGCCUACGUGUAGUGACCCCUUAUGUUCAUCUCCCUUCAGUUUAAUCUCCUCUAUUUUUCUUUGUCUUAUAUCCAUUUUCUUAACCUCUUUUGGAGGGAUUCUAAGGGAAAUAUUUUUUCAAGGAUAUAAUAAUAAAUAUGAAACCGAGUCAAAAGAAAAUGCUUAUGAAAAGGUUCAUAUAGAUGAUCCAGACUCUUACUAUAAUAUAUCUCAUAUAAAAAUGGAUAAUAAAAAAGAUAUUUGUUUUACAGACAAUUUAAAUAAUUCGUUUGAAUAUUAUGAUGAUAUACAAAAACAAAAUAAAACAAAUUUAUAUAGAAAGGAAAACACUAAUAUACAUACAAUUAAUAUGAAUAAAUCGUAUUCAAUUAAUGAUACAAAUUUUAUGAGAACAAAUAAAUAUAAAAAUAACAUAAAUGAAUUUUCAAAGAUUAAACAAAAAAAUAAUGAAUCAUAUCAUAAUAAUAAAACAACUAAUUAUAAUAAGAAUAAAGUAACAAAUGUAAAUAAUAUACUAUAUAAUGAAAAUAAAAGUUCUCAUAUAAAUAAUGAUAUAUAUAAAAAUGAUAUACAAUAUAAUAAAAGAAGAAGAAUAAAAGAUAAAAUUAGUGUUAUAUUGUUAUCAUUCAAUGUAUCACUUAUACAAGUUAUAUUUCUACCAUUAAUUAUAUAUUUUCAAAUGUUAUUCAAUAAAAAUAAAAAUAUAUCAUAUUUAUUAUUUAUAAAAAAUAGUUUAAGAUGCUUUUAUGGAGAUACUAUUGAAAAUAAUUUAAAUUGUAAAUAUUCUUUUAUGGUCUAUACAUUAUAUAUUAUUGUUAACGCAUUGUUCAAUAUAAGUGUUUCCUCUUUUUAUAGUAAUUAUUCCUCAGCUGAGUGUUUCUUAAUAUUAAAGUCUUCAACACCAAUUACAUUAAUUGUUCUAUAUUUUUAUAAUAUACCUUUCAUAUCAGACACAGAUAAAUAUUUUUCAAUUUAUUUUCUUAUAAGUAUUGUUAUUGUAUUUACAGGAGUAAGCUAUUUUUUCUAUCAAUCCAUAUUAGUAGAAAAAAAAAAAAACAGCCAACAAAUAAGAUAA